AAUGAGUGAACACUCAAAUGAACCGUCAGAAAUUCGUUUUAAUGAUCAUGCCUUUUCAAUUCUUCAACAAAUGGAGAAUGAAUCCAAAAGGCCACAUGUCCUCUCACCUGUCCGUUCUAUAUCGGUUCUCGAGGCUGGCAUUAGCAACCAUGAACAACAACCAGCACCUAUUAGGCGUUAUCGACCAUUUUCUCCCCAUUCUUCGGGAAAGUCAAACCAACAGCAAAGACCAAAAAUAACAGACCGUCGCCGUUCGUCUGCUACGGUUCCAUUGGCCCGCUCUAAGGAAGAAUUGGAAAAUUUACUUGUUUCUGCUAAUAUUGAUCCAAACAAACCAGUCCGUAGUGUUCUUGUUGAAGCGGGGAUUGGUUCAGAAUUUAAUUCUGUUGGACGUCUUAAACCACAUUUGGUUUGUCCGCAUGGUUUUCAAAAUUUUUUAGAAGUACCUUCAACACAUAUGCUCCUUUUUGGUAAUAAUAAUAACCAAAUAUUGACAAAUUCAAGCCUACGAACAAGUGUUCCACCUUUAGCACCAAAAUCUUCAACAGCUUUUGUAGUUACUAGCAGGCAAAGACGGCAAACAAUUGUAACAACUUCAACUAUUCAUAAUGAGGAACAGAUACAAGUUCCUGUUGAAAUUGGAACUUCCCUCUCUUUGGAUGAUUCUUUAAUUAAUUCUGUAGGUGCCAAAAACCGUGAUGCAUUGAUUAAUUCAAGUAAUUCAUUUGUCUCUUCCGAAGAAUGUACUGAAAGCAGGAACCCUCAGAAGAUGCGCAGAGUUAGAAACGAAGGAGAUAUUAUCAAUGAAACAGUUACUUUUGCACAAAUCCCAUGUUCUUAUAAAGGCUGUCAGAAAACAUUUUCAAAUAAAAGUUCAAUGCGUAAACAUCUCCAAAUUCAUGGGCCCAGACAACACGUUUGCCAGCAAUGUCAUCGUUCAUUUAUAGAACGUUCUAAAUUAAAAAGACAUUUACUGGUCCAUUCGGGCGAGAAGCCAUUUGUUUGCAAUUUUGAAGGAUGUACCAAGCGAUUUUCUCUUGAUUUCAAUUUACGAACACAUAUUCGGACAGUUCACACCGAUUCAGCGUAUCCCCGACAUAAACCUAAAGGGACUUCAACAAAAAUUAGAGUUACGAGAAGUGAUGAUUUACCAAAACAGAAGCAGCAAGGAUCCGGUAUAUAUUUAGCUUAA